AGCUCUGUGGUCACAGCAGCUGGCGCGUCACGCGCGGGAAGGAGCCCCGGUGCGCGCGGAAGGUCACGUGUCGGUCUCGGUCUGGUGACGCGGCGACACCGAGAGCCGCCAUCUUGCGUGACCGGCUAAAAGGGGGGAGGGGUGGGAGGAGCACCCCGAAACCCGAGAGGGUUACAGACUCCCAUCUCCUGAACCAUAAAUGCUUCUCUUGUGGGUAGACCGUUAUUGUUUCCUAACUUUUCCUGUGGAGAAGGUUGAGUGUGCGUGUGAUGGACCAUAGGAAUACUGCUAUGUUAGGAGUGGGAUCUGAAGCUGAAAGGCCUGUGCAAUCCUCCGGUGUAGUGACCAGCAAGAGAGAGACCACACAAGAGAGCAGUGGCAAGGAGCUGGAGAAACAGACCACCACACAAGGCAGCUCUAGUGGAGACGCACAGCAGUUCUUGGUCACAGAAACAAAUUUUUCAGAGGGCAAUUUAAAACUCAAAAUUGGCUUUCAAGCCAAAAGGACAAAAAAACCUCCAAAGAACCUGGAGAAUUAUGUCUGUCGCCCGGCCAUAAAGACAAGUAUAAAACAUACACGUAAAGUUCCAAAGGGUGGGAAGAUGCCGGAGGAAAGGAAUGAACCCAUUGCUUCCAAACAGGAACCAGCUUUCAAAGCGCACAAGAAGUCGGGAGAUGUUCCAAAUCUUGACUGUAAAAAGGUGGAGUGUGUACAUCUCCACCCAGAGGAAGGACAUCUUUCCAGCUCAAGGAAUUCUUCACCUUUGCACUCAGAAGUAACUGAUCAGACCAGGGCUGCAUCAUCUGCACUUAGUAGUAACAAAGACCAUGACUUAAAGGCCAGGUCCCUGGUAAAUGGGGCAAACUCACGUGUAACUGAGAAACUUGCUCAGCUUAUUGCAACCUGCCCUCCUUCCAAGUCUUCCAAAAACAGAGCCAAGAAGCAGGCCAGUGCAGCCCCUCAUGGUAUGGUCACCGAAGCCAAUGAAACACUUCCUUCUGCCUUAGAGCACUUGAAGUCCUCUUCCUCUUUAAGCAGUGGCUUCCCCAAGGACAAGGAAAAAGAUAUUUUGCCAGAGAAGAUGAGCAGCAAAGUGUCCGACAGGGGCAGUGUCCGACCAGCUAAAGAAAGCAUCCUAGAAAAGUUCUGUAUUAGAAAAGAGAUGCCCAGUACAGAAAAGGAUGUUCUCGGUGACCGAACCUCCAUCCCACAGGAGACGCCUUUGCUUGGGGAAAAAGGCAUUCCUGACCCAAGUGUACAGGAAAAACUAUGUCCUGUAUAUUGCACUUCAUUGGACUUUAGGAUGGGUGUGGCAUCUGAUGCUUCAACCGCAGUGUCUCCUUUCAGUGCAGUUGGUGAAGGAAACCUGCCUUCGCCAGCACCAGCAACUUGCCUGGCAUCCUCUGGCAGAAGCCCAAAUGUGAAUAGCCCUAACUCUCCUGAUUCCUUGCACUUAAGUCCUGUCUCCAAUCAUGUGGAAUGUAUUAAUGAACCUAGUGACAAGAGCCAGUUUUCUUCGGAGAAUCUAGCAAUUAAGCCUGGCCACAAAGUCUCUCAUCACAGUUCAGACUUUUUACAGAACGAUAAGAGUUGUAAAGAAUUGAAAAUUGCCCGCAGUGAUAAAUCAAGAACUCUCUUUCCUUCCAGGCUUCAUGUAACGGAAAAAAAGCCCACGCAGCGGGUUGAGCCAGGUAGCCACAAGUCAGACCCCUCAAUUGUCAGCUUUGCAAGCCUCCUAAGGAAAAAGCAGCUCCUUAAGAUAGGCAACAUAACAGACAAGCCGUUUCACAAUGUGCAAAAUGUUAAUACAAACCUUCAGAUAAAACACUUCAAAAGAAGGAAGGGUAAGAAACCAAGGUGGACAAAAGUGGUAAACAAAUCAACAAAAGAAACAGAGGAGCGAAGUGUUGUAAAAUCCUACACAAACCAUAAACCUGAACAAUACCUAUCCCAUGUUACAGAAACCGCACAUUCUAAACCGGGCAUCUUCAACACAAGAGAAUCAUCUUCAGUGUUAAAUGUAACUCACAAACAAGCACAGAGACUCUAUGACACCCAUCAGACCUAUACAACAGUUUGUGGCCCUAGAGACCCUGUUGUUGGUCAUAAACCCAACAGAGGGAAGUCUGGUAAUAAGAACAUGCCACAUCUGGAUGGGCCACCCAAAAGAGCUCUAAAAAUCCCAGCUUCUAAAGUUCUGUCCUCCCAAUCAAAAGAAGAUCAGGGGCCUCCAGUCCUUCAGCCGGAAGUGGAAAUUCCCUCUUUGAAACCAAAUGCCUCAACCCAAAUCUUUCCUAGGAAACGAGGACGGCCGCGGAGGGAAGCUGCCCCACCACUAAUGAAGGCUCCGCCUGUUCUUUCAGUUGCACCUUUUGUUGAUGCUGAUACAGCACACAUAAUGGAUGCUGAAAGUGACCGACCACGAAGUGGUGAUCUAUCAAAAGGCAGAGACCUUCCUCAUUAUAGAGAGGAACCUCACCAGUUCAAUGACCUUUGCUCAGAACCAGACCGAAAAUCCACCAAGAAAAACAACGGACAAAUUAUGAAAACUAUUAUUCGGAAGAUAAAUAAAAUGAAGACCAUAAAGCGGAAGAAACUGCUAAAUCAGAUCUUAUCCAGUGCUGUAGAACAAACAAACAAAGGGAAAGUUCAGUCAAAGCUUCAAGGUACAGCCUCCACCCUUGCAGCUACUUUUAGUUCCAAGUUAGGUCAACAAAUAAACGUGAGUAAGAAAGGAACUAUAUACAUUGGAAAGAGAAGAGGCCGGAAACCUAAAGCAGCAUCUGAUUGCAUAAUUAGAAAAAGUUCAUUGAGUGUCACUACAGGCCAGCAAACAGUAAGUCAAGUCACACCAAGUGUAAUAUCUCCAGGGGCAUCCAAUUCAGAGAUUCUGCCUUCCCCUAUUAGUUCUCACUUGUCUGGAACCAGUGGUGCCCAAAGCCCUGUUGGCAGCGAUGCCAGCUUUGUAGAACCAAGCUUGGUGCCAUACUUACACAUGCAUUCCAGACAGGGCAGUUUCCUUCAGACGCUUGCUAUGAGGAAAGCAUCUAAGGACACCAGACAGUUAUCUCCCCCAGCUUUGCUUCCGAAUUCUCCCUCUCACUUAAGUGAAUUGGCAUCACUGAAGGAAGCCACCCCUUCACCUAUUAGUGAAUCACACAGUGAUGAGACUAUCCCAAGUGACAGCGGUAUUGGAACCGAUAAUAACAGUACGUCAGACCGGGCCGAAAAGUUCUGUGGCCAGAAAAGGCGGAGGCACUCCUUUGAGCACAUCUCUCUACUGGCUCCAGAAACCUCAACGGUCUUGAGCAGCCUUAAGGAAAAACACAAGCACAAAUGCAAGCACAGGAUUCAUGAUUUCCUUACUUUCGACAAAAUUAAGAGACAAAAGAGAAAACGUAAAAAGAAGUAUCCUCAGUUGCGGAGCCGUCAGGAUCCGGAUUUUUUGGCUGAACUCGAGGAACUUAUAAAUCGUUUGAGUGAAAUCAGAAUAACCCAUCGCAGUCACCAUUACAUCCCCCGGGACUUGCUGCCAACCAUAUUCCGCUUGAACUUCAAUAGUUUUUACAGUCAUCCAGCCUUCCCUUUGGAUCCUUUGCACUACAUCCGGAAACCAGAUUUAAAGAAGAAGAGGGGCAGACCCCCAAAAAUGAGGGAAACAAUGUCAGAAAUGCCUUUUAUGCACAGCCUAGGAUUCCCUCUUUCUGGUACCGGCUUUUAUCCCUCAUAUGGCAUGCCUUACUCUCCCUCGCCUCUCACCGCUGCACCAAUUGGCUUAAGUUAUUAUGGAAGAUAUGCUCCUACCAUUUACCCUCCUCCUCCUUCUCCUUCCUUUACUACCCCGCUGCCACCUCCAUCUUACAUGCAUACAGGUCAUUUGCUCCUCAAUCCUGCAAAGUAUCAUAAGAAAAAACAUAAACUGCUUCGCCCAGAAGCUUUCCUCACCACCAGCAGGACUCCUCUGCUUUCUGUGAGCACCUAUCCCAGUGUACCUCCAGAAAUGGCGUAUGGCUGGAUGGUGGAGCAUAAGCAUCGCCACCGGCACAAACACCGCGAGCACCGGUCGUCUGAGCAGACACAGCUCACUAUGGAUCCUCUUUCUGGGGUCGGUCCUUCAAGGACUGUUUUGGAAUCUUUAAAGCGUUACAAAUUUGGGAAGGAUACAAUGAGUGAUCGGUACAAACACAAAGAGAAACAUCAUUGCCACUUGUCUUGCUCCCACCUAUCCCCUGCUAAAGGAUUAUUAAACAGAGAUGAACAGUGGUCAAGGAGAGAUCAGUCAGAAUCCAGCUCACUGACUCCGUUGCAGAUAGACUGCUCUGACAGCUCCCCGGGCCUUUCACUGGGUGGCUUUACUCCUUGCUCCGAGCCAGCAAGCAGUGACGAACAUACAAACCUUUUUACAAGUGCAAUAGGGAGCUGCCGGGUCAGCAGUUCCCCACAUACCAGCAUGGGACGUAAACUGGUAAACGACAGCCCAAGCUUCUUUACAGACAGCUCCUUAAAUCGGUCCUUGAGGAAGGAGCAACUGCCUCAAAGUGAAAGACCCCGCCAGGGCCUGUCAGCGUCUCAAGAACGGAUUCUCAGACAGCCGGAGAGUUCGAACUGUAGCCCUUCGCGUAGGAGGACAGCAUCGGAAAGCACGGCCUCUUCAGUUCUUGCAGGAAGGCUGGGUUCCUCAGCAGAGGAGUCAAUGGACAAUUUAUUACAGCGUAUGGUACAUGGAGAGAAGCAGGGGAGUCUGGACAAGAACUUAGAAGCAGUCCUUAUCUCUAAUGCCUCUGUUCCAAGAAGCCAAAGCAAGCAGGAUAACUUGCUUAUUCCAGCUGCUGGCACCGACUCCUCAUUUGAUGGCAUGGGCACCCGAAUUCCUCAUCACCUAAAGAGGACCAUGGUCGAAGCCAUGCACAAACAGGCACAUAAUAUGUACAACUUUGACAAAAUCCUAGCAACCAAGAAGAACUUGGACCAUGUCAAUAAAAUAUUGAAGGCAAAGAAGCUGCAAAGACAGUCGCGUACUGGAAAUAACUUUGUGAAACGGAGGCCUGGGAGACCCAGAAAAUAUCCACUGGAGGCUGUAGUCCCAGUGCAAGCUGCUCAGAUGGUCACUGUUACAAGUGAGCGAGAAAGCUGUAAUGUGAGGCCUGAUACGGUUACUGACGUCAUUGAGGCUGUAGUGCAGAGCAUGAAUAUGGGGGCUGAGCACAACCAAAGCUGGAAGAGGAAACCGAUAGUUAUCGAGAAAACGACCAAGAAGCGACAGAAAUGUCUGACUGAGGAGGAUCAUGAGAUCAGCACCAGCCUUUCACAGUUUGCUGUGGUUGACGUAACUGCGACUCGGGAGGUGGGCAGGACCAGUGAAGAAUGCUCCCGUGCUCUCCUGCAUUGUGUGUCGCCACUCAUCCCACGAGAGAAGAAAGUUAUCCGUCCUCCAAAGAAGAAAUUCCAGAAAGCUGGACUAUUCUCAGAUGUCUAUAAAACAACAGACCCGAAGUGUCGCAUUUUGCAGCUGAAGAAAGAGAAGCUGGAAUACAUCCCUCGAGACCAUGAGUAUGGUCUGCUGCCAGCCCCAAUUCAUAUUGGGAAAUAUCUGAGACAGAAACGGAAUGACUUCCAGCUUCCCUAUGAUAUCCUGUGGCAGUGGAAACACAAUCAGUUGUACAAAAAGCCUGAUGUACCUCUCUACAAGAAAAUCCGUUCAAAUGUUUAUGUGGAUGUCAAACCAUUUUCUGGUUAUGAAGCCACCACUUGCAAUUGCAAGAGUCCAGAAGGUGAUGAGGAACGAGGCUGCGUGGAGGAUUGUCUGAACAGAAUGAUUUUUGCUGAGUGCUCCCCUAACACCUGCCCAUGUGGGGAACAUUGCGCCAACCAGAGGAUCCAGAGGCACGAGUGGGUGCAGUGCUUGGAACGGUUCCGAGCAGAAGGAAAGGGAUGGGGCAUCCGCACCAAAGAGCCCUUAAAAUCCUCACAGUUUAUCAUUGAAUACCUUGGAGAGGUCGUCAGUGAGCAUGAAUUCAGGAACAGGAUGAUUGAACAAUAUCACAACCACAAUGAUCACUACUGUCUGAGUCUAGACAGUGGGAUGGUGAUUGACAGCUAUCGUAUGGGUAACGAGGCUCGAUUUAUAAACCACAGCUGUGACCCCAACUGCGAAAUGCAGAAAUGGUCUGUAAAUGGUGUAUACCGCAUUGGGCUAUAUGCAUUGAAGGACAUGCCUGCUGGGACUGAACUGACAUAUGAUUACAACUUCCAUUCAUUCAAUACAGAGAAGCAGCAACUUUGUAAGUGUGGCUUUGAGAAGUGCCGUGGGAUCAUUGGAGGGAAGAGUCAGCGGAUGAAUGGACUGACAAACAAGGCCAACCAGCUACUUUCUUCUCAUAGAAGACCAGGACGCUCCAAGGAGAAGAGGAAAUCGAAACACAGACUGAAGAAGAGGAGAGGUCACCUGCCUGAGGAUCGUAAUGACACAGUGGGUACCCCAACUAGACUGGGCCCACAACUCCACAUGAAAGCAAUGUCAAAUAGAGAAAGAAAUUUUGUGCUGAAACACCGGGUUUUCCUGGUGAGAAACUGGGAGAAGAUCCGGCAAAGACACGAAGAAGGAGUUAAGAAUGACUUACAUCCAGGAUCCCUGUACACCCGCUGGAAUGGCAUCUGCAGGGAUGAUGGCAACAUCAAGUCUGAUGUGUUUAUGACACAGUUUGCUGCCUUGCAAACCUCCCGCUCAGUCCGCACCAGACGCCUGGCAGCGGCAGAAGAGAACAUCGAGGUAGCAAGGGCAGCUCGUCUGGCGCAGAUCUUCAAAGAGAUUUGCGAUGGCAUUAUCUGCUACAAAGAUUCCUCCAAUCAGAACCUGGCAACACCUCUUCUCAGUCUUCCACCCAAGAAAAAAAACCCUUAUUACUAUGAGAAAGUCUCAGACCCACUGGAUUUGCUCACAAUUGAGAAGCAGAUCCUCACUGGAUACUACAAGACUGUGGAAACCUUUGAUACAGACAUGCUGAAGGUUUUUCGCAAUGCAGAGAAAUAUCAUGGCAGGAAGUCUCAGAUCGGUAGAGAUGUUUGCAAACUGCGGAAGGCAUACUAUAGCGCCCGGCACGAGUCGUCUGCCCAGAUUGAUGAGAUAGUUGGCGAGACUGCUAGUGAAGCUGACAGCAGUGAAGCUUCACUCUGUGACAAAGAUGGCAACCACGAAAAGGAUGACGAUAUAAUUAGAUGUAUCUGUGGUCUCUACAAGGAUGAGGGGCUAAUGAUUCAGUGUGAGAAAUGCAUGGUUUGGCAGCAUUGUGACUGUAUGGGGGUAACCUCGGAUGUUGAACACUAUCUGUGUGAACAGUGCGACCCUAGGCCUGUGGUUCGGGAGGUCCCCAUGAUUCCCUGUCCUCACUACGCACAGCCUGGUUUUGUUUACUUCAUCUGUUUGCUGAGAGAUGAACUGUUACUACGUCAAGGUGACUGUGUGUACCUGAUGAGGGACAGCCGCAGGACUCCAGACGGACAGCCAGUGCGACAGUCGUAUAGGCUCCUGUCUCACAUAAACCGAGAGAAACUGGACAUCUUCCGUAUUGAGAAGCUGUGGAAAAAUGAAAAGGGAGAACGUUUUGCAUUUGGCCACCAUUACUUCCGGCCACAUGAGACGCACCACUCACCCUCUCGUAGGUUUUACCACAAUGAGCUGUUCCGGGUGCCGCUGUAUGAGAUCAUUCCACUGGAAGCUGUGGUUGGCACAUGCUGUGUCUUGGACCUGUAUACUUACUGCAAAGGAAGGCCUAAAGGAGUGAAAGAACAAGAUGUUUAUAUAUGUGAUUAUCGUCUGGAUAAAUCUGCUCACCUUUUCUAUAAAAUUCACCGCAAUCGCUUCCCUAUCUGCACUAAAAGCUAUGCCUUUGACCAUUUCACGAAGAAACUGACCCCAAAAAGGGACUUUUCGCCUCACUAUGUGCCAGACAACUACAAACGUAAUGGUGGUCGAUCGUCCUGGAAAUCUGGACGCUCAAAACCGCCCACUAGGGACCUUCCACUUGAGGAGGACCCUCUCCCUCAAAUGGAUGAUCUAUUGGGAAGUGAAGAGAUGCCGGUCCCUGAGGAGGCAGAUCCUGAUACCACCAACCUGGAGGUGCAGGAAACUCCAGUGGAAGAACAUAGCCCCCUUCCCCACCACGCAUGCUCUCCUCAAAUCAGACAACAGGCGCAAAGAGAGAAACUUAACCAGAUCCUUCUCAGGCUUCUUGAAAAGCUCCCUGGGAAAAAUGCUGUUGAUGUGACAUAUCUGCUGGAGGAGGGCCCCUGCAGGAAGCUGCGGCGACGCACCCUUACACUUCCAGAGUGCAUCUUUAAGAAGUGAUGGGAUAAACAGAGACUGCCAGUCUGAUGAAAGAAAAGUAGAAGGGCUCACCAGCCCUGAACGAGUGAACAGGGGACAGUCUGUAUAAUCCGUGUCUUUGAGUACAGACCUGGAGCACUUACACAGUAUUCGGUUUAUCCUUUUGCCCCAGGUGGAAACUGAGUUUACUAUUAUUGGAUGCAGGCAUGAGCAGCCUCCCACACAGGGAUUUAGCACUUACCUCUGGAAGGAGAUUGCGCAGAUGGAAUUUAUUUUAAUUUAAUAUUUUUUGGUACUGGUUCUUUUUCAGAUGAUUUGAAUUUAAGCUUUUGCCCUGCAGGUCCAUUCAUGCUGUGUGCACACUGUGCUACUUUUUGACUCUGCACUUUCCUGCAGUCUCUGUGCGCCCUGCACUCUCACAUCGUUCAGCCACUCUGUGUGCGCUGUUUAUUUCCCUUAGCUUUCAUACACUCCUGGUAAAGCUGUCAGUGGUCUAAGGCUCAAGGACUCUGCUUUUUAUUUAGCAUUCAUACAGAUCAGCAGACUGUCCUCGAGGUCUUGAAAUUUAGUGCAUGAUGAAUCUGCAGAAAUGAUGACGGCUCUUGUUGGUAAAAGAAAACAUUGGGUGGUCAAUACCUGGCCUUGAAAUCUAUAGCUCACCUCUCAUAAUUCAUGGUGUCCUAUGCUUUAAUAUCAAAUGUCCCUAUUAAAUAAUUAUGUUUGUUACUGCUUGGCCACAUUAUCCGAAUACAUAGCAUCCUCUCUCUGGUUCCACAACCUUGGCAUGUGCUGCCAUGUGCCUCCCCCUCUAUCAUGUAGAAUUUCUAUUACUCUAGUCUGGAGUAGAUUACAAACUGUACUGUGUGCUCUUCCCAUGUAGAACUAGCUCUCCCUUGAGUACUGACUGUGACCCCUGCCACUAAACAGGACUAGUACUCUCCUGCAAAAUGUGCCUCAACCACAGAGGAGCACCGAUACUCUCCUAACCAGGCAAAAAUACAGCUCCCCUGAAUAGUUAACCCUUUCAGCUGAUCAGGAAUAGCACGCCCUGUACAUUGUGCUACUUCCACCGAGUAUUAAUAGUAUCGCAUGGCAAACACCGUACCUACCCAGGAGAUAUAAUAUAGCAUCAUCUUGCCAUUUGGUAAUAGUAAUAUCCUGUGUUUGUCUUGUGUAAUAUCCUCCCACUACUUGGCCCUAUUUGCCCUCUGCUGCCAAUCAAUAAUUGCACUGCUCUGUAUUAUAUGUCCCUGUCCCAGACAGGUAAUGCAUGAGGGCACAUUACACAAGGGCCUGUAUGAGAUAUUGAUGUUGUAAUAUGUCAAGUAGUGGGGGAGCCAUAUUUCUUAGUAAUCCAGGUGGAGGCGCACUUCCUGAUCCUGAGACAUUAUGGGUGGGGGAGCUUGGUGAAGCCGUCCCACAUAAGAUUUCCGUAUUUCCUGCCCCAUAGUGAGACGUAGGUGUUUGGGGCAGUCAUUUGCAGUAUCCCAUGGGAGACGUGUACUUUUAUCUUUUAAAAUGUAUAGCAGAGAGAGGCACCAUGCAAGAGGUGGAGAGACAGCUCCAGCCGUCAUUAGGAAAAAGCUACAGGACCCCAUUGACCCCUGGGUUGAUGAUAGAAAUCUUGAUGGAGGCAAACUUAAAAAUAAUACAAUAAAGCAUAGCUUUUGAAUUUUAUAUAUCUAGAGAUAUAUACAUAUAUCAAAAAGUCCUUAUAAAAGGAAUACAGAUUGUUAAAUAAUGUGCCAAGUUAUGUGUGUAUAUAUUAUAUUGCUAUGUAAUAUAUAUACAUGAAUAUAUUUGUAUUGGUGUGAAGCAAUAUUGCGACCUGUCGGUUAUUACACCGGCUCAUGGCGUUCUGAUGUAUAAUACCCGUUAAUGUCAUUCCACCAACCCUCGCACUGCCAGGACUUGCACAAUGCAGCAAAUCGCAGAAAGGGUUAACUUGUUACAUCUUGAUUUUGAGAGAAAAAAAAAAAAAAAGGUAAAAAUAAAAUCCUUUCCAAAAGAAAAUAUUUUAUUAAAAAAAAGAAAAGAAAAAAAAAAAAAAGGUGUUUUGAAUAUUUUCUUAUUUUGCAAGACUGAGAGUGGUGCAUCCGAGUAUACAAUACUCGGACUGCCUUCAAUCCACACUCCGUCUGCUGUACUUUUUUCCAGAAAAAAAAAGGGAUUAAAGAUAAAAAAAAAAAAAAUAUGAAUCAUUGUAAAUUGUGUGUAACACUAAAAAGGUCAUUCAAAAUGGCAGGUAGAGAGAAGCAAGUCUCUGUGACAUUGUGGGGAGCGCACGUAUCACGCUGUGACAUCAAAUUAAGGAGUCAGAGGCUUAAAAAAUAUUUUCAGACAAUCAAAGGAUUUGAAGCGAGCAACGCUAUAAAUAUAUACAUAUAUAUAUAUUUUUAUUUUUUUUCUGUGUGUGUGCCUGUGUUUGAUUUAAUAUUCGAGGAAGAUUUUUUUUCCCAAUUGGAAAUAGAAUUCCUUUUUUUUUUUUUUUUUUUUUUUUGCCAGUUUGUUUUAUAAUAAUAAUUGAAAAGAAGGUUUAUCAUAAGGUUUUUAAAAUUCUAGAAGCACUACACCGUACGCAGUCCUGACCCGCCUGUCUGCGUGGCCGGUGCGCUGAACACGAUGCUGCUAAUAUGUUUCAUUUUUACAUGCAGAACGAAAUAGAUCAUUGUUUUGAUGUUAAUCUCUGUAAAUGAUGUUAUUACCGAUUCUAGCAUUGGAUGUACUCUUCAAUCUCAGUUACUGAGACUCUAGUAUUAAAUGGAAAAAAUACCUGUUUUCCUACUUA